AUGGCCUCCAAGGUAGUUGCGAAGGCUGCGGCUGGCGGCAUUGUCGAGAUCUCCAAGAAACACACUCUCCAGUCUACCGGAAUCUGGGAGCGCAUCCGUCGCAGUCUCGCUAUCGACCCCAACCGCUCCUCCGGUGUGCCUUUGAACCCAACCUUCCGCAACCCGGCUCCGGGCUCCCUGGACCCUCUCUCCUACGACGAUCCCGUCACCGUUCCUGCAGGUGACAUUGCCGACAACCCGUACUGGAAGCGCGAUGCCCGCCGCAACUACCCGGCCCUGAGCGUCGUCAACCAGGCCGACGUUGUCAGUCUGCUGUCCGUCGGCUCUGCCGCAAACCCCCGAGUUGAGCUCAUCGGCGAGGCGGGCGAGAAGCAGCUCGUCGCUACCAAGGAGGAGGCGAAGGCCACGGGUUUGGCACCCUACCUUGAGAAGAACGCCGCCAAGGCCAUCGAGGCCAGCAAGGAGACUUUGUUCACCAACGGCCUGCCGCCUACCCCCAGCGGACAUGACCUCAAGAGCGGGAAGUGGGAUGUGCACAAGUACAAGGUCAACGAGGAGCAGUCCUACGGCGAAGGUUACCCCUGCAGGACAUUCGCAUGA